AUGACGAACUCUUCACAGGUUUCAUAUUUCACACUCACUGCCUACCUCGACAGCGGGGCUUUGAAAUAUUUAUAUUUCACAGUUGUUGCAUUUUUAUAUAUUGUUAUUGUUACUGUCAAUGUCCUGCUGAUUGUGGUUAUCUGUGUGAACAGAAGCUUACAUGAACCUAUGUACAUGUUUCUGUGCAGCCUGUUUGUGAAUGAGCUGUAUGGUAGUACAGGGCUGUUUCCGUUCCUCCUGCUUCAGAUCCUCUCUGAUGUUCACACUGUUUCUGCUCCUCUCUGCUUCCUGCAGAUCUUCUGUCUGUACUCUUAUGCAAAUUUGCAGCUCAGUAACUUAGCCAUCAUGUCUUAUGACAGAUAUCUUGCAAUAUGUUUUCCUCUUCAAUAUCACACACGUAUGAGUCCAUGCAAGGUAUCCAUGCUCAUUGUUCUAACGUGGUUUUCCUCAUUUCUUGUAAUCACUGUUUUGAUUUCUCUGAGUGCUCCUCUGCAGCUGUGUGGGAACAUCAUUAACAAAGUGUACUGUGACAACUACUCCAUUGUUAACCUGGCCUGUUCUGACACCACAGUCAAUAACAUCUAUGGAAUACUUGGUGCUAUUUUCAUAACCAUAUCCUCUGUCACUCUGAUUCUCUACACCUACAUGAGGAUCCUGAAAGUCUGUUUUUCUGGAUCCAAACAGACCCGACAGAAAGCCGUCAGCACCUGCACGCCUCACCUCGCUUCUCUGCUCAACUUUUCAUGUGGUUCCUUCUUCGAAACUGCACAAAGUAGAUCCAACAUGAAACACGUCCCAAAUAUGGUGCGUAUUUUUUUAUCAUUAUAUUGGCUCAUAUGCCCACCGCUCUGUAAUCCUUUACUUUAUGGACUGAGUCUGACCAAAAUCCGGAUCAUAUAUAAAGGUCUAAUCUUUGUAAAAUGCAGGUGCUUGAUGUUGAAACUUAGACAAGGCAGUGCAUUAGUAAAGAGGAAAUGA